CCAAAAUCCUGCACUUGCCACUGGACAGACAAGAGGUCUGUAUGCACCAGAUCUCCCAGGAGGAUAGAAAAAUAUGCAAGCAUCAUUGGAACCAGCAGUGACACGUGUCGGACAAAGAGGCAGGCUUGCUAUAAAUGAAACCAUGGUCUUCGCAGUUGCUAGUUAACACAGUAUGGUGAGAAGCUGACAGUACUGCCUAGAUACAACUGGAUACACUGCAGGUGCAUAAUGCUACAUGGUUUUCCGUGAACACUGCCAAUCAGCACAAACAACAAAAACAACUUUUAGGACAACCUAUUGUGAAAAUGACACGCAAGAUCUUUAAUACAAGGGAGCGGUGGAGACAGCAAAAUGUCAAUAGUGCAUUUGCUGAGCUGAGAAAACUAAUUCCUACCCAUCCACCUGACAAGAAGCUAAGCAAGAAUGAAACUUUAAGGCUGGCUAUGAGAUAUAUCAAUUUUCUCAUUAACAUCUUGGCAGACCAAGGAAUAACAAAAGCUGGAGCAACCUCUCAUACAAAUAUUUGGGGAGUUUUUGAACCUGAGCCUCAGUUUUCAAAUAUAAACCAUUGGACGGUAAUAGACCAGAGCAGCGACCCUUCUCCUGGAACAAGCAGCGACACACAAGAAUGUUGGUCAUUAGACCCCUCACCGCAGCACUGACUGACUUGAAUCAAGUGUUACUGGACUGCAAUGAACAUUUUAGUGUUUCUGUGGGUCUACCUAUCAUAUUUAUAUAACUGUUAAAUAUCAGUUUGGUGAAGAAAGACUUUGGACUUUUCACAAAAUGGUAAUUCAGUUGGAUAUGACUCCUGAUUUCAUUUUUUAUCCUAGUAUAAUAGAAGUGGAUUACUGGAUCUGCACAGGUCUUUGUCAACUGAAAAGAAAGCAGUCAUCAAAUGGCUUUCAUUUUCCUGCAAACUGCUAAGUAUUGGUGGAAGACUGUCAUGUCAAGUAAAAUGUAUGAUGUGGUUACUUAUUAACAUCUACAUAUAUUUAGGCAGCUAACCCAGACGUGCACUUAUAUAUACCUCUGCUGGUAGUCAUAAAGCACAACUGUUAAGGUACCAAUGGCAUCAACCAACAGCUAGGCAAAUGAUGGCUGUUCAUUUAUUAUAUAAAAGUACACCAUGUAAAGAGCAUUCAUUUGCUCUAACCCAUAACAGAUUUUCAUUCCUCAGCCUUCCUAACAGUCCUCUAUGCUGAUUUCCGAUUAGUCUCCACUGUUCACUGAACAAUAUUGAAUAUUUUAUACUGUAGUAGUAUUCACCAAAUGUUUUCAUACUGCAGACAAGUAAUAGGAAUGCUAUAACAAAACACAGUAGGAGGUUAGAAUGCAACACAAAAUCUGUUUAAUUUAAGAGCGCAAGUUCAGUUGAGUUUAUUAUUUGCCUAAUAAUGUACCGAUAGAUAUUUAUUUUGAUGGGUGCUUUCUACUAUUUUGGUUAAUUUAUUUUAAAGCACCUAAUAUACAGACAUAGAAAGUACCCAUUUUAAAAAUGUGAU